AUGGUAUCAGUGUUGACGGAAAAGAGAGUCAAUAAAUUACUUCAAGAGAUAAAGGAGCAAAAUACUAAAGGAUGUGGCAUGCUGAAAAGAGGAUUGGAUUUGAAGAAAUGUGAAUCACCAGAAGAGGAUGGUGUGAGCGGAUAUUAUUCAUCAUCUAAAAAUCAAAUUGUGAUUUGUUGUAAUAGAAUGAUAGGAAAAAGUGAUUUAGAAAAUACUGUAGUACAUGAAUUGGUUCAUGCAUAUGAUUUUUGUAGAUUUAGACAAUUGUUUUAUUGUAAAGUGAGAGCAUGCUCUGAAGUAAGAGCAUAUUAUCUUGGUGGAUCAUGUGCAAGUGCAGAAGAUUUAAAGAAUUACUCAAACAAGGAAGAAUGUCUGAAAAGACACGCAUUUGCAAGUACUGUGAGUGCAUGCAAACAAUCGGCGUUAUCUGAUGUGGAUGAUGUGUUUAAACAAUGUUUUAACGAUGAAAGCCCGUUCAAGAGUAUAUCAGAAGAAAAAGUAUUCAAACCACAUUUACUGCCUGAUAAGGAUAAAAUAUUAUUUUUAAUUACUCUAUUCAAUGUUUUAUGCCCAAUAGAAGGAAAUAAGAGAGCAAGUUUGAAUAUUCACUCUCCACAAGAUACGAAAAUCCAGGGAGGGAUACAAACCAGCAAUCAUGAAUUUCCCUUCCUUGUUUCUCUUCAGCAACGAUCAGUGAGUGGCAAUGUUUUUCAUAAGUGUUGUGGCUCUAUUAUUUCUAAAAGGUUCAUUCUAACAGCUGGACACUGUGCCUAUGAAGCCUCGGCAACAAAUUAUGCAGCUGUAAUGGGAGUUACAACCUUAUCAGAGUGUACCAUAACGAAGAGUCUAUUUUCAUCAGGUUACACUAUACAAUCAUCAUCGAGUUGUGUUGUGGCCAGAGUUAAGGCUCUUCAUCUACAUCCAAGCUAUGAUGAUUACUCGCUCAAUAAUGAUAUAGCAAUAGUGGAACUGUACGAUGAUAUUCCUUAUUCGUCGACUAUUAAACCUGUUACACUUGCAUCAUCGCUUCCUGCUUUUAAUGCCAUGCAAAUUGUUGCUGGUUGGGGAAUCACUUCAAGUUAUGUCAAUCAAGCUGUUGACCACAUGAUGAAGGCCACGGUUCCCUAUGUUGAAGACAAGUAUUGUAAUGAUCUGGAAUUAGACAUGAGUACCACUGUCGGUAAAUUAUGUGCUGGGGCUGGAGAUGGCAAAGAUGCUUGUGCUGGAGAUUCCGGAAGUGGACUUUUUCAUACUGUGAAUUCAACUGAUUUCAUUGAGAUUGGUAUUGUAAGCUAUGGUCCUAGUCAAUGUGGUACACCAGCCGCCAGUUCUAAUCGAGGUGUUUACACAACUAUUCCAUUCCACAAAGAGUGGAUCAAAGCAAUCUCGAAUGUGAGUGUGGGAGUGAGCGAAUUUGAAUAUGAAAAUAUCGUUGUGACUUCAAACUCAAGCUCUGUGCAUAUUGGUGGUUCUCAAAUUGUUCUUGAAUCAGGCUUUUACAGCAUGAACCUGUCCUUUGUGGUCAUCCUAAAUUGUUUGUUGGAAAUAAUGAGUAGAAUGCUCUUUUCUUUCUGGAUGCAUCCAUAA